AUGUUUGCGUGGGCAAAAGCUGGCCGCAUUGACAGUAUGGUCGCGUUGGAAGCAGUUUGCAAGCACUUCGGCAACGAUGUCCACCCGGAGUCAGAAUGGAUCUACAUGCAUCAGGAGCGCGACUUCUUCAUGCACAUGCACCUCUCACACGAGGAGCAAGGAAGCCGCCUGCCGGUUAAGGCUUCCCAACAAAGUGAGCCUGUUCCGCGGCCGCAGGGGACGUCGACUAUGGUGGCCAACGCGCGGUUUGUUCAUCAUCAACCUUUGCUCUGGAAGACCUUCCGAAUGAACGACGAGGUCAUGAUGGCACAGGAGAGCUCAGCGUUUUCGAAGCGGCCGGAGGUGCCGCACAUGCCUGUGGCUGACCGCCCAUGGUCUGCAGGCGACGUCCUUGUGCCGGUUGGAAGCUCCGCAACGCCAGUGCCACAUGAAGGAGGCGCACUCGAGAAGCCAGCCACGCCUGCGGCGAAGACGAAGGUCGUGAGUUUCAGCCAUCUGAAGGACUCAGCUGUUUCGGUGAAGGAGGCAGUGAACCGGCCAAAGCCUUCCACACCAAGGACUCCCGAAGCGACUCCGGGAGAGGGUUUCAAUCGGAGGUCGCAAAUCAAGCUUCGCUCCAACUCACGCACCUUCCAGAUGAGUGGCAUCGAGGUCGGCAUCAAUGAAAAGCGAGCCGUGAAGGAGGCGAAAUCCAAGGCAUCCUAUGCUGCUUCUCGAGAGCCCUUGGUCACUCCACGAGAUGUGCCAGGAGGUCAGCGCACGACGGCGCGGCAGCGGGCUGCCUCGGCCAGAAAAGUCACCGCCACGGUUUCUGCGCUGGGCCCCGCUGGCUGUGAGGAAAGCAAGGCCAAAUCCGAACAAGUCAACGCCAAGCAAAAGUCGGACAUGCCCCACAAGGGAGUCCAGCCGGCUGAAGUCUUUCAAGUUGUGCUUCCGCGGCAAGCAGUGGAAUCAGCCAGCUUUCCUUCCUCAGACAGCAUUGGUGUCGUCCGGCGCUUGAGUGGGCAGGAGAGUGAAUUGAGUGUGACACCACAGGUGUCACUCGGUGCCCGAUCGUGA